UGCGGAAGAUUGUGAUUAUCGUGUUUCUGUUAGAGGAGUUCAGAGUCCUGCAUGCUGGCUGCUAUCUCUUUCCUUUGGCAUUUACCUGCGUUUCCCGAGCCGCCUCGGGCAUGGAAGAAACAAGCCCGCUCGUCUCUCCUCUCCAGGAUUCAACAGACUGCAGCUUCUGCCACAGCGAAGCCUCCAGCCCCCGUGGCGGCUUCAGGGCAAACGCCACACCGGGUUCGGUGGUUCGCGUGUCGGCUGGGAGCCCCGGCAACGACCGGGAGAGACAGCCGCUGCUGGACCGGAGCAGAGGGACUUCUCAGUAUCACAGGAACGAGUUCCCCGAUGAUCCCGAGUUCAGAGAAAUCGUGAGGAGGGCAGAAAAAGCCAUCGAGGAGGAAAUCUUUCCGGAGAGAAUUUACCAGGGAUCAAGUGGCAGCUACUUUGUCAAAGACUCUCAAGGGAAAAUAAUUGGUGUAUUUAAGCCUAAGAAUGAGGAGCCCUAUGGCCAGCUAAACCCCAAGUGGACCAAAUGGCUCCAAAAACUGUGCUGUCCCUGCUGCUUCGGUCGUGACUGUCUGGUGCUCAACCAGGGCUACCUGUCGGAAGUGGGGGCAAGCCUGGUGGAUCAGAAACUUGGUCUUAAUGUAGUCCCAAAAACCAAGGUUGUGUAUCUGGCCAGUGAAACAUUCAAUUAUAAUGCCAUAGACAGAGUAAAAUCUCGGGGGAAGAGACUAGCUCUGGAGAAGGUGCCCAAAGUAGGCCAGUGCUUCCACAGAAUAGGCCUACCCCCUAAGGUAGGCUCGUUUCAGUUAUUUGUUGAAGGCUACAAAGAUGCAGAUUAUUGGCUGAGACGGUUUGAAGCUGAUCCUCUACCUCCGAAGACCAAUCGACAGCUACAGCUAAAGUUUGAGCGACUGGUGGUCCUCGAUUACAUCAUUAGGAACACAGACAGAGGAAAUGACAACUGGCUAAUAAAAUAUGACUAUCCAAUGGACACUGGAGGGAUUUUUGAUACAGACUGGGAGAUGGUGAAGGAUCCCAUUAUUAAAAUUGCAGCCAUAGACAAUGGCCUGGCUUUCCCCCUCAAACACCCAGACUCCUGGAGAGCCUAUCCGUUCUACUGGGCUUGGCUGCCUCAAGCCAAGGUUCCCUUUUCUCAGGAGAUCAGAGACCUGGUGCUUCCAAAACUCAGCGACCCCAACUUCAUCAGAGACCUGGAGGAAGAUCUCUAUGAGCUCUUUAAGAGGGACCCAGGCUUUGACCGGGGACAGUUCCAUAAGCAGCUAUCAGUGAUGCGAGGACAGAUCCUGAACUUGUGCCAAGCGCUGAAAGAGGCAAAGAUGCCCUUCCAGCUGGUGCAGAUGCCCCCGGUCAUUGUGGAGACAGCCAGGGCCCCGCAGAGAGCCAACGAGUCCUACACACAAAGCUUCCAGAGCAGAAAACCCUUCUUCACCUGGUGGUAGCAAGAGAGGGACUCGAGCAGAGGAGGAGUCGAAAAAGGAUGAAGAGGAUGAUACCAGAUGCUGCCUUGCUCCCAGAAUGCAUGUCUUACCUGGAGUUUACAGUGGGCACAGGUGUGUUGUCACUGCUGGCUAUUACUAAACAUCUAAUUACAUUACAUUAUGUCUAAUUAAAGGAUUAGAUAUAAUGUUUCAUAUGGAGACAAGAUUGUUGAAGGACAGGGAAAUGGAUAGCAAAUUAACAUCGUCAGUGUCUGACAAGGCAAAAAAUACGACGAGAGAAGCCUCAAUUAGCCUCUGUGAGAACAUCAGGCCUCCUGCUGAUGCUGCUUGGCACCUAAUCAAUACGUUUGUGAUCUCUUAUGCAGUUUGUGUUUCUUCAAAUCUGUAAGGGACUAAUGUCUGAACUCUAACUUCCCAUUACUAAAUCCCAGCCAAAUUGUUAGACAGUGGUAGUUUUCUUACUGAACACAGAAUUAUAUGUAUACAGUUUAAAAUUGCUGCCAGCAACCCUGUUGGCAUCCAGUACCCAAACCACUGGUGUAUGAAUACAGAUUUUACAGGCAUUUAUAAUAAUUUUCCCUACAGUCUACAUCUAACAUUUUGGUGUUGUAGUAGCCAUCAUAUACUGUGGUUAACCACAGAAAGUUUGCGGUAUUGAGUGCUUAAAACUUCAUUUAAAAUCAUACUAUAUAUCAUGGUUCCUUAUUUGGCUUUGGUUAAAAGUAUCAACUCAGCUGCUGAAUUUCUGCUGUUGAGCUGCUGUCAAGGUGUCAUUUCAGAUUUCACUGUUUAAGGUAUCAAGCAUCUGUAGCAAAUGGAGACUGAGCUGCAUCAAGCCAUUUGCAGAGCACUUUAUAAUGUUCAGUUGCUGAUUUGAAAAGCACUGGCAGGAGAACUUGAAUCUGUCAUCACUAUAUUUGUCCUACCUCUGACUUCUGUAUAAUGUCCUUGACCGUAUUAUGGGCUUAUGAAGGAGAGUACGAAGCACAUUCUUUAUCAAAUUCAACGUCUUUGUCAAAGCCUUUUUCCAGAUUAGACCCAGGGAUGGACAAAGGAACAGUAUGCCAGUUACUGGAUGUGUUAAAGAAACAAAUAUGAGCACUACAUUUAAAGUUUUGCACAACUUAUGCACUUCAAUUUGAAAUAGUCAAGUGCAUAUUUUGUGCAGCCAUUGUGUGCCUCCUAGUGGGGAUAUGCCGUCAUUAUUUACAGUCUUAGCAGUGCUGAGUAUGCCUCACUUAUGUCACUGAAAUUUGACAGCUAUGAUGGGACAGAUGUUUAAAAAAAUAAGCUAUAGUUUGUAUUGUCCUUAAGAAAGUAUGAAUGUAUGUAUUUUCUAUUCAAGCAGUGCCAUGAAAUCAAAAAGAAACUUUGUUUGCCAUCACUCAGUAGCAUCUAAUGCCUGUUUUUUUUUUUUUUUUUUUUUUUACUCCAGUUUUCAUUCUGAUUUUUUUUUUUUUAUUGCUCUUGCCACUCAACUGUUAUACAUUGUUCUGAAUGUAUUGUUUUGGCCAUGCAUUGUGAAAGGUGUCAUACAUUAAAGAUUAC